CCGGGUCUUACAGUCGUGUUUACGAAUAAGCAGCGGUGAAUUGCAUAAUCUCUCAUCGAUGGUGUAAUCUUUCUGUUCAGCUUCUUCUUACAGCUUUACUGCGGUACUUUAUACUUUAUUAAUGGGUCCAAACAGGAUCUACAUCAGUGUAGGUUAUGCCACAUUCGGCAUGUUGGUGGGUUUUUCUGCGUUUAUCGUGUGGAAUGUGGUUUAUAAACAACCAUGGACGGCGGCGAUGGGCGGAUUAUCAGGCGUUCUGGCACUCUGGGCAUUGGUCACUCACAUCAUGUACAUUCAGGACUACUGGCGCACAUGGCUGAAGGGACUCAAGUUCUUCAUGUUUGUUAGUUCUGUCUUCUCCCUCCUGGCUGUUGCUGCUUUUGCCACCUUCAUAUCUCUAGCUGUUAUAGAAAAGCAGUCAUUAACUGACCCCAAGAGCUUCUAUCUGUCAGCCGUGUGGAGCUUCAUGACUCUUAAAUGGGCCUUCCUGCUGGGCAUGUACUCCUACCGUUACCGCCAGGAGUUUGCUGACAUCAGCAUCCUCAGUGACUUUUGAUUGGCUGCUUCAGCUGCAAAGUUUUUGUAUUUGCAGUCAGUGGCUUCACCUGCCAAUGUGGAGAUGGAAGGAUGGAUUGAUUGAUGGUUCUCCUUUUUAAUGCCGUCUAAUGGCCUCCUUGCUUUCACAGAAAAGACUCAAAUCUCAGACCCUCCUUCCCCUCAGAUCCGGGCCCUGGAGUAAGAAGUCGAUGAAUGUCUGUGAUCUGCCUCUUUCCUGUCUUUUUGAGUUAAUUGGGGGUUUUAUAUUGACAUUGGAUUAAGGUAUGUCAAGUGUUUUGAAGGCAGUGGACAUGCUAGGAUGUGGUCACAGGUAGUUGUUAUUUUACUCAGGGCAACUUCUCUCCAAAUGUCAGAUGUGAAGUAAUUGGUCCCCUUCACUGUCAGAAAAAAUGUGCAAAAGUUGUACAUUUAGGGGUGCAACAACUUGUCACAGGGGCAGUACCCUUAAAGAGACGCCUUUGUACCUUAUUUACCCCUUAAUAAGGGUGCGUAUUGGCAAAGUCCCUUGAAGGCAAGUCAUUUCACACGGUGGCCAUCUUUAAAACGCCUCUCGGGCAGCUAUUCAGUCAUGCAAGUACAGCUUGUUAACCAAGCUUAUGAUUAAUGUUGACAGUAAAGUACUUGCUCUGCCCAUGUUUUGGAUGAUGAGAUGUCUGUAACACAUAGUUGAUCGGUGUGGCAUUUGUCACGCCCCUCAUCCACUAUGAUUGGACGGCUGGGUAAAAAGUGACACAGAUGAGCUUAGAGAUAUAUACAUAGAUUCCUCAUGAGCAGGGCCGCUAUACGUAAGUUGUCCUCCAUAUUGGAAUGGUCAAAGCAGGUCCGUGAACACUCAAUAGCAAGAUGACUGUGCGCCUGGAAUCAUUGUUAUACGCAUGUAUGAAUAUUGAUAUCUGCAAAGGACUUAGAAUACUUCCCUACUAUAUAGUGUGCGAAAAACAGUACGCCAAAAGAAUAGCGUGUUCGAAUGCAGAGUAUUCGAAAAACAGUAGGCGAAAAGUACCCGGAUGACCUACCAUUUCCGCCUAGAUUCUGAAGUGCGCAUUCGAUUGACACCAUGUAAAUGCAACGUUACAGUAGGUUAAAACAUAACAUGGAAAUUUGAUUGCGUGAUUCGUGUCAUCGCGACAUAACGCAUACUUGCAGUGUGUGCUUGAAAAAACGUUGUCGUCGCCUUCUUUUUUUUUUUUCUGGGGUGCAUUUUACCCCAGACUACCAAAGAGCAAAGAAGUGAAUGAAUGAAAGAAAUCGCAAUAGCAACAGGAGAUUUGAAGCUCACGGCAGACACGCCCAAAAGAUGAUUCGCCUUGUGAUUGGCUGAAUGUUAGUUCACUCAAAUCAGAGAACACGGGCGGAAAUAUUGGCGGUGGGUCAAAAAAGUGCCCCUGCCAUGAGGCCACAGGAGAGAAUUUAUGAAUGGAAGUGAAGCGACGCAACUGAUGCUGGUAGGUCACAUGACAGUAACACCAUGGCGGAUAUGUAGUAUGUCCUAAUUUCAUUCAUACUACUCAUAUUCAUACUAUAUAGAGUGUACUUUUUUAACAGUCAUGAAGUAAUUUCAAAUUCAAAUGUAGUACCUACCCAGACAGUGUGCGAUUUCGGAUGCAGCGAUUGAUUACUUGCUGCGAGUAACGACGAUAUGUGAAAUGUUGACUGUUCCAAGAUGGCGAACAUGUCAAUGUGUCUGGAGCGGUCGAAUGUGGCAUCAACAUAUAUAUAUCUAUGGUGAUGAGCGCUGCGUGUUACCCAAAGAUUUUUACCCAAACAUUUUUCAAAUCUCUGCGACCAAAUUGUUGUAACCAUAAAGGUACAAUUUUUGCACAUUUUUUCCCAAAGUGGGUUGAAUGAGUGUAUAAUGAAGGGUUUGCACAGCUGUAUCUAGGGGUAUCAAUGUUAUCAAUGUUGCUAUUGUUUUCAGAGAGAGUGUUCUUUAUUGUUUGCCAUAUUUCAUUGCUUUUUAAAUGUUGUUUAUACUUAGUUUUAUUUAUGAUUGGAAGUUGAGGAUUAUUCGUGAAUGUGUUCGGAACAGCAUACUACCGUACAACUAUUUCUAUGGUAUGUACACUACCAUUCAGAAGUUGGUAAUAUUUUUUUUUUUUUAAACAUUUUUAUGAACAAAGUCUCUUAUGCUGACCUAGACAGUAAAAAAAAUAUUUUAAAAUGUAA